AUGGUGAGAUGUCGCAAACCUUUACCGAAUACUGCUGCCUGUUAUAACCUGCACGGGGUUGACAAACGCGUCCGGAGGGCCCACCGCACCGAUGCAAGGCCGGCAGAUCAGCAGCAGGCCGGCGGCUCGCUGGCGUCUAACGGGGCCGCCGCUAGCAGGCAGGCUCGCUUCAGGUUGCAUUUCCCCCAGCUGGCUUUGCGGCGCAGGUUAGGCCAGCUGAGCUGUAUGUCCAAGCCCGCACUCAAGCUCCGUACCUGGCCUCUGUCUUUUCUCUAUUUCUUCCUGCCAUUUAGUGUCCUUAAGCCUCUUGCAAAGGUAGGAUGGCGGCCAACAAGCAGGGUUGGUUUGUAUAAAACGAUUCCCACCCGGCUGCUGUCUCGGGCGUGGGGCCGGCUCAACCAGGUGGAGUUACCCACCUGGAUGCGAAAGCCAGUCUAUAAUUUGUACAUAUGGACGUUCGGGGUCAAUAUGAAGGAAGCUGCAGUAGAAGAUUUGCAGCACUACCGAAACCUCAGCGAAUUCUUCCGCAGAAAGCUGAAGCCACAGGCACGUCCUGUUUGCGACUCUCACUGUGUGAUCAGUCCUUCUGAUGGAAAAAUCCUGCACUUUGGGAGGGUGAAGAACUGUCAGGUGGAGCAAGUGAAAGGUGUGACUUACUCAUUGGAGACUUUCCUAGGCCCUCAGACCUGGUCAGAGAACCUGGAGAUUAGCAACACAGAUAACACAGAGACAACGUUCCAGGAGCACCUGGUUACAAAGGAAGGAAAUGAUCUCUAUCACUGUGUUAUUUACUUGGCUCCCGGAGAUUAUCACUGUUUUCAUUCACCUACUGAUUGGCGAGUCUCACACAGGCGGCAUUUUCCAGGCUCCCUGAUGUCGGUUAAUCCAGGAGUAGCUCGUUGGAUUAAGGAGCUUUUCUGCCACAACGAGCGGGUUGUCCUGGCUGGAGAUUGGACUCACGGCUUCUUUUCACUCACAGCCGUUGGUGCCACAAAUGUUGGAUCCAUUCGCAUUUACUUUGACAAUGAUCUGCACACCAACAGCCCUCGCUACAUGAAGGGCUCAUACAAUGACUUCAGUUUUAUCACAAACAACAACAAGGGAGGGGUUACGAUGCAGAAAGGAGAGCACCUAGGCGAGUUCAACUUGGGCUCCACCAUCGUUCUCAUCUUCGAGGCACCAAAAGACUUCACCUUUAACCUUAAACCUGGACAGAAGAUCAGGUUUGGAGAGGCGCUGGGGUCCAUCUAGUAGAAUCACUGUCAAAACAUCUCAAAUUGGAAUGGAGUAACGAGGAGGAAGUUCAGACUGGGAAAUAUGAGAAAUUGCCAUAACGAAAUAUGGUUUAAGUUCUGGCUGCUCCUCCUCUCGUUCUAACUGCAGAAGCAUUUCCCACAGCCUCCAUCUAAGGGAGCAGCUGGACCAUGACUGGCGCAACGGUUUCCUUUGAAACAUGUACUGACCCUACCCAGUUACUCCUUUAAAUAGGAAGCUGAUGGGAGGAUAGGGUUUGGAACAUGUGCAGUGCCAUACUUUCCGUGCAAAGAAGAAACCUGGCAGGUCACCAGGAUUAAAAGAACUUUGAGAGAUGAACUGAGAUUUUAGGCCCCAAGUCAAAAUGGGCUUAGCAAGGGGAUCCCAUAGAACAUUGCAGGAGUUGGUGAUGCAAGAAUGUUUGCUGAAUAGCUCCAUGCAGGUGAACAAGUGGGUCAUUCUAACUUAGUUCAUGCAGUAUUUUUAUAUCCUUAAGAAAAAAAAUUCUCAUCCAACUACAUUUCAGAGAAAAUAAAAUAACGACUGUACCAAAACCUACAGCUGCUGAACUCCUUUUGUUUUCUAACGCUGAGGGCAGCAAUGCUAAAACUUGAGUGCUGUCUUGUGUUGUAAGUGUUUAUUGAGACAUCAGUUUUGCGGGUGGGCAGUGAACAAAUGAGGGUAGGGUGGAAAAAAAGCAAAAUCAGGUGCAAUGUGUGAAACAAGUCACAGAUUAGGAUUUAAUAUCUAAAUAAUGGAGAUGAAUUUAUAUUUUUAUAAAUUCAUAAUUUGGCUUCAGCCGUUUAAGCUGCUGCGUUGGUGAUCCAUCCUCUAUACUGUAUCUCAGUCUGAGCCAAGGGGAAUGACCAGAGUGACUGACCUUGUUUUGUAGACCUCGAUGACAGCAUGUAAGAAAUAGUGUAACAUUGAAGACAAUACAACUGGCGUUGUAGGGUCCCAACAAUAUCCAAGAGACAAUUAUUUAUUGCUCUCUCUCUUACUUUAAAUGCAUAAUCAUGUAAUUAAACGAGGUUUCAAAACAUGGAGGCAAACCACAGGUUGUUGAAUUUUCCCAGAGUGUCAGCAUGCUUUUAUAUCAAACCACCACCAAAGAGGUUACGGGCAAGCCCUUGGUUAACAGUGUUGCUAAAUUCUGCUAGUACUGGUGAAAUCUGCAUGUUCUGAAAAUCACUAUUUCAGUUAUUAGCUUCAGCACUAAACAAAUGCUAUUUUGAAGCUAGAAACACUUCCCUUAGAUUCUCUUCCACAGUUUGGUAGCAAACAUCUUACCUGCAGCAUUAGAAGGAACAGGAGAUUUAAGACAAUUGUUGGUUAACAGUAUUUUUUGUGAUGUUUUUAUAAUUCAGGAGUGUCUGGUUCAAACCUGCUGCUAUUGACUGCAGGAUUAUUUUCAUGUGGAAUGGUGAACAGUGACCAAGGAAUAAAAUGAAUUAGUAUUUCACAAGA